GGCGGCUAAGAACCUCCAAGUCAGGCAGAAAAUUCGGGUAAAAAGCAAAAUUACAACCUUCGGAACAUCGAAAAACAAUUAGUUUCACCGUUUUUUAGUGAAUUGUUGACCGCGCUCUCGAAAGUUUGUUGUUUCCCCGUGAACAAUCCGAUAGUAUGUGGAGGAUCGCGCUGUUUCUGGCUGAUUCCAACGCCUUCGGCGGGGGGUAGUUAUCGAAGAACGUUUCCCGCCGCUUUCUCGGGGGUUGAUCGUGUGGCGUUGUGAGUGUGUACCUCACCCUCUGGAAUGUUUGAGGCCAGCCGGAAGAUGAAAAACUGCACCAACCCCAAGAACUUGUUCUGUUUCGUGUGCGGCGAGUAUACGCCGUCGCACCACAAGCGUUCGAUCAUGACCAAGCCGUUGCUCGACGCUUACGAGGCGUAUUUCCAGAAGCGCACGGCCAAGGAAAACUAUACUCAUGGGCCAUCGUCCGUGUGCAACAAGUGCAACAACGAGCUGCUCCGAUGGAUUAACGGGCGGAAUCGCAAACCGUUGCUCCUGUUCAGCGUACCGAUGAUCUGGACCGCUCCGAAGGAUCACAAAACCGACUGCUACUUCUGCCUGACACGCAUGGUCAUCGCCUCCAACAGUGGCGGCAAUGGGAAGCGUUUGUCGGUUAAGUACCCGAAGAAUCUUGACACGGCCAGGCGUCCGGUUUUCGUGGCUCACAAGGUAGCGACACCGGUGGAAGCCGCCGAUAUCGUUUCGGAGGAAUCCUCUACUCCUACCGCCGACAACGCCACCGUCAAUAAGGAAUCGUCGUUCGACGAAAUCGAGGUCACGCUGGACCCGCCAACGGAUUCACCAACGCCACCAAUCAAGCCCGUUUCUCCGCCGAUGACGAGGACGACAAGGGCCUCGAAGGCUGCGGCCGCAGCUCACCAGCUGGCCACGGACGGUGCCGCAUCCAACGCGCGGCCCAUCGUAGCUCGAAAACGAAAGACGGACGUGGUGGCCGUUGGCAGCGGUUCGCCGUUGCCAGGAGUUACGAAGAAAGCUCGCCAAUCACUUCCAGCAAUACCGGCCCCAUCUAAGGAGACCGUGGGUAAAGGCAAACCCAUCGCAGCAUCACGUAAACUUGUCACCCAAGCCACCUCCCUACCGGCUAACGGCCUCGUCGAUGGUAAGAGGAUAAACAAGGAACCGAAAGACGUUGAUGAAGAGGAAGAGGAGAUAGCGCAUGAGGAUGGGGACCAGAAGGAGGAAAAGCCUUGCUUGGAAUCAGCAAAGAAAGCCCUCGAGGCUGCUAAUUCUCCCGCCGCAGUGAAGGAUGCCACCAAACCGCCAAUCUUGGUCUCGGCGCGUCCGAAAGUGGUACCGAGACUACCGGCAAAACCGACGCCAGCGGCCACACCGGGUGUGGCAACCACUCGACCCACACAGCUCACUAAUGCGCGCCCAUUACAACCGGUAAAGGCAAAGAUAUCCUCCCAGACCAAGGUACAACCGACGCUGGCGCAACCAUCGACAGCAGGGAAUAGCAGCAGUGACGAGGCCGUUUCGAUUCAAUCGGAACCACCGACUGGUGACAAGGGACAGCAGUCUGCGUCGUCUCCACCGCCCCUCUUGAAACGUGUCAUUCUCACCAAGUCCGGUCCGAAGACGUUGCUUAUGCAGGGUGGCACUGUGCUGCCGGUCGGAAAAAUGGUCCCGGCUAAGGUGCGACCGGUGGUAGUACCACCACCGAGCAAGGCGCCAUCAACGACACAGCAAACACCGUGGAUCAAUGUAGUUGAUCAGCAGCAGCAGCAGCAGCAUACUCCGAUACGAAAAACGAUCACCAGGAUGCCUUCUCCCCUUGCCCAAUCGACUCCGUUGGUCACAAAACCGGAAACCAAACUGGUCGCCGGAAGCACAUCAUCACAGCCACCACAAUUGAAACAGCAGCAGCAGCAGCAGCAGCACCCGGCCACGGAGGAACCAACACCGGCGGCAGUUCGUGGAAGCGAAAAGACGGAACCACAUCGCAUCACACAGUCGGAGCUGGUGAUGUUGCUGCGCGAUCUAGAACUGCUGCCGGAGAAAUCGGCCAUCCUUAUUGAUCGUCUCAAGUGCUGGAACCUGCUCGCUACCCAGCUCGUGGCUCCGACGACUCGUACGCAAACCAUCGCCGGCAAGGACAACCGCCCGGAGCGUCCGGUUGCGCCACCGGAACCCGUCAUUACCUUGGUCCAACCACAGGGUGAACGGGUGAAGCUGAUCCCGGUGAAAAACCUACCGGCAGGAGUUCGGGCCAUACCGCUAGCGACCGCUACUAGCAGCACUGGUGGCGUGCAAUUCCGUCGCACGGUCGUCCCGUCAUCCACCCCUGUACCGGUACAAUCGCACGUGGUGACUGCUGGCAAUCUCAAGGCAUUGAAGCAAAAUGGUGCCUCCAUCGUGGUCAGCGCUGAUGGCAGAUAGAAGACGAGGCUCAGCGGUGCGUCGGAGCAGCUGAGCAGACGUUAUUCUAUGUUGAACUUCAGUGGAUUUUUGUACUUUUUUGACAGUAUACUAGCUUAGGUGACUCAAUAAAAAAAAACUUCGAAUUUGCAAAUAGAA